AGUCCCCGCCUCUUCUAGAGAGAAGAGAAAAGCAGACUUCACUCGAGGAUGUUGAGAUGGUCAGCAGAUACAACAGGACCAAACAUCUAGAGGCUUCGCUUCACAUACAUUGUUUUAAUAAGUUGCACUUGAAAUCAAAGCAUUUGCGCGCAUCAGUAGAUCAGAUUGGCUUGGAUAAGAAAUAUUGCUCUUCCUGGGACAAGCAUUUCACACUGGUCUUUCAGCUGAUCCUGCAGGAACUCACACAUCUCAUCUGAAACAAGCUUUUGCAUUGGGAAUCUGAUGCGUACUGGUGAUCUCCAGAGGACACUGACUAUCCAAGAACGGUCUGAGAAUUCGUUUUCAUUUUAACCAAACAAACAAAAAAUAAUAAUAAUAAUGCAGGUCAUUCUGUUGGUCUCCGUCGUUUUUAUUUGCGUCAAAGCUGCUCUCGCGGACACUAAACUGAAGUGUCCCGAGCGCUGUGAUGUGAGUAAGUGUCCGAGCCCAAGCUGCCCCAGCGGCUAUGUGCCGGACCGCUGUAACUGCUGUCUGGUGUGCGCACCGGGGGAGGGAGAGCCGUGCGGCCGCAACGACCUGCCCUGCGGGGACGGGCUGGAGUGCAAGCACCCGUCUGGAAAAAGACUGUCCAAAGGCGUGUGUCAGUGCAGGUACAGCAGUAAAGUGUGCGGCAGCGACGGGAACACGUACGGUAACAUCUGCCAGCUGAAGGCCGUGAGCAGGAAAGCGCUGCAGCAGGGUCUGCCCGCGGUCACCAACCUGCACAAAGGACCCUGCGAAAGCAAAGGUCCUACACACCCCAGCAGCCCGAGGUACAAAUUCAACUUCAUUGCUGACGUGGUGGAGAAGAUCGCCCCUGCUGUGGUGCACAUUGAGCUGUUCCUAAACCACCCCCUCUUUGGCCGGACGGUUCCGCUGUCAAGUGGUUCAGGUUUUGUUAUGUCAGAGACCGGGCUGAUCGUGACUAAUGCUCAUGUGGUGUCCAGCACCACACCUGUUUCGGGUCAUCAGCGACUCAAAGUACAGAUGCGUGGUGGGGAUGUGUAUGAGGCCACUAUCAAAGACAUCGACAAGAAGUCUGACAUUGCCACUAUCAAAAUCAAUUCGCAGAAAAAGUUGCCUGUUUUAUUGCUGGGUCACUCGGCAGACCUGCGCCCGGGUGAGUUUGUGGUUGCUAUCGGCAGCCCGUUUGCCCUGCAGAACACAGUGACGACAGGAAUAGUCAGCACUGCACAGAGAGAUGGGAAAGAACUGGGUCUCCGUGACUCAGACAUGGACUACAUCCAGACUGACGCCAUCAUCAACUAUGGGAACUCGGGUGGACCACUCGUUAAUUUGGAUGGGGAGGUGAUAGGAAUCAACACCCUGAAGGUAGCUGCAGGAAUCUCCUUUGCCAUUCCUUCAGACAGGAUUACACGCUUCUUAAAUGAUUCAUUGGGAAAGCAAAACAAAGAGCCAAGAUCAUUGAAGAAGCGUUUCAUUGGAAUCCGAAUGCUCACCAUCACAGAAGCACUGGUGGAAGAGCUGAGGCAGCAGAAUCCUGAUUUCCCUGAUGUCAGCAGCGGGAUCUAUGUCCAUGAGGUGGUUCCUCACUCCCCUGCUCAGAAAGGGGGCAUCAGAGACGGUGACAUUAUCGUUAAGUUAAACGGAGAGCCUCUGAUGAGCAGCAGCGACCUGAAGGAAGCGCUCAACCAAGACACGACUCUGCUGCUGGAGGUGCGCAGAGGCAACGACGACCUGCUCUUCAACAUUGAGCCUGACGUCAUCAUGCAGUGAUCUAUUCCAAAUGUGAACCAUCGAACUUUACCCAAAGACAUUGGUUUUAUCCUAUCAGUCAUGCGCUGUCAUGGCCAAAGGAAUGUCUAACGGUGGAUCCAUCCACAAAACAAGGACCUCUUUUACAAGCUGAGAGGAAUCUAACCUUGAGCUUUUGCAGUCUUGGUCAAGUCUGCCCAAGAGAUUUUAUAUGAAAGGCAUUUCAUAACAGCACACUCUCUUUGAAGCAGGUUUGAAGCGGAGAAUGAUUUUGUUCAUUAUGAAAACUUGCAGUACUGUAUUUUGUAGAAGAAGACAAAACUGGUGAUAUUUUAUAGCCAAUCCACAAUGAAUCCACAAUGAUAUGUUAAGCUGGGAAAAGCUUUUUAAGUUGAAAUUUCAAUAAGAAAUAUAUAUAUAUAAAACAAUAUCUAAUAAAUAUUAUAAAUACACAGAACCACCUCAUAAAUAAUAAUAAUAAUAAUAAUAACGAGUAAAAUAUAUAUAUAUAUAUAUAUAUAUAUAUAUAUUUUUUUUUUUUUAAAUCUUAUAGAUUAGUAUGUGGAUUCUCCUCUUGAUAAAUGUCUCAACAUUCAUUGCUGAAACUUCAUUGUGGCACCAGUGGCAAGAAUCAAUUGCUGUGCAAGAUAAAUUUUAUAUAAUUUGUACAGAAUGACUGUCAUGAUGAAUGACAUUUUAUGGUCAUUUUGUCCAAUCAAAUGUGUGCUCUUUAUAUGCAGAUAUCAGAGUGAGACGUCUUCUGUUCAUGUAAUCUGUUUAUCAGUCUGUAUAUGCUCAUGUUCCUGUUUGUCUCAAAUGUCUACAGUAUAUUGUAUGUCUUGAUUACAAUGUCUUUACAAUGAUUACAAAUAUGCUCAUAUAAUUUUUUGGUUCUCUUCAGCUGGAUCUAUGAAUGUUGGACCUAUGAAAUAAAACUUUCUCA